UAAUCAAUAUGAAGUAAGGUACAGCCUGCUGAGGGAGACUAAUUAGCAUAGCCUGCUAUUAACUAACCUUUUUUUAAUCUUGUUGCCUUCUGGAUCGGAUCGCACACGCGCCUCUGUUCUUUCAAAUAAGCAGAUUGGCGUGUGCUUCAAGUUACCAUGGUGACACACCCCGCCUGCAUAAAAGUCAGCAUCCCUGGUUCACACGUCCGUGGUUUGAGAGACAUGUCCGGAUUUAACCCGCAACAGCAUCCGAAGCGGCUCCAGCCAAUGUCUCCGACCCCCAGUGAGGACAACCGGACCGUCUCUGCGUUCACCUCCAAACUCACCCCUGCUGCUGACAUUUGUGUGGGACUGUCCAUCCUCUCCGUCGUUCUGCUCGCUGUUCUGGGCAAUGGGCUGGUUCUGGUGAUUUCUUACCGCAGGAGGAAGAAGAUGCUGGGCUCAGAGAUGUUGUGCGUCAACUUGGCCGUGGUCGACUUCUUCUGCUGCAUCUGCUUCUACCCGCUCUCCAUCAUGUCCUCCUUUCACCACGUGUGGCUUGGAGAAAAAAUCAGUGUUUACUAUGGCCUCGGCAGCUAUACCUUCGGCCUAUGUGGCAUGUUCACCAUCACCGCCAUCAGCAUCAUCCGCUACCUGAAGACCUGCUACAGCUUGGUUUACGCUGAGUGGCUAGAAGGAACCAACAUCCACAUAGUGUGCUGUGGCAUCUGGCUCGUGGCAGGAGUGUGGUCUAGCUUCCCUCUGUUCGGUUGGGGUGAGUACGUCCCUGAGCCUUAUGGACUCUCCUGCACCAUCGCCUGGAGGAGUUAUCACACCUCAGCCAAGGAUGCCUUCUACGUCAUCUGCUCCUUCACCUUGUUCACACUCGUACCUAUCCUCCUCAUUGUGGUGUCCCAGUGUUGUAUCCUCCACAAGGUGUCCCGCUUCUCCUCCUCCCUGUCAGUGAGAGGCAUCCGCCACAACCUGCGGCAAUCUGAAAAACGACUUUCCAUGAUGUUUUUCUGCAUCAGCCUGGGUUUUGUGAUUGCCUGGGCACCAUACGCUGUCGUGUCCUUCCUCUUCAUUUUCCACAAAGAUAGCUGGUACAUGGCUCCUAAGGGCUUUGUUUUCCCCACCCUCUUCGCCAAAAGCUCCCAUGUCUACAACCCGUUCAUCUACUUCUACUUUAACAAGACUUUUCGGCAGGAGCUUCGCAGCGUGCUCCACUCUUUCUGCUCCAAGCUGGGAGGAAAUCGAGUGGGAGUCCACGUCACCAUGGGCCACCAAAGCCCAUAUCCCAUCCACAUUCAGCUCCAGGAAGUCCAAAAGAAGUUUCAGAACAGAACACACAGCAACAGCAAAGACAAAGUGACCCACACCAGCAGCAACCGUGUCCAGUCCAGGCCAGUGUGCGCCUGCUGGGGCUCCGCUCUGAAUAAAACCCCUACCAUUGUGGACACUAAACCUGCCAAAGAUUCCCUGGCUGUCACGAUAUGAACUCUGUCUAUCAUUGUUCAUUGUUAAAGGCAGCGUGGUUAAACUGUGGAUCACCACCAACCCAAAAGUCUGGUCCCUUACUGACAACUCUAAGUAAUGAAUCAGGGUCCAUGUUGCUGCAUGAAAUUGUGAGCUUAUAAAGAAGAGUUUCUAUCUGGGUUGGGUGCAUCUCCGGGAGACUGAGCUGCAGUCUAGUUUAACAUCCAGCUCCCUUUGAGCUAGCUUAAUAGCCUGUAUCCUGUUAAAUCCUUUGAUCACACACUCUCCAUGAGUAAUACAUAGUAGCUGAAUCGCAACGCUUGUCUUUUUCUAUCAUAGCAAACCUAUUUAGGGCACAAAAUGUUCAAAUGUUAUACUCAGUGUUACACAUGCAAACGGGUAUAGCUGUACAUCAUUUUGCACACUACUGAUGUGUAAACUGACUAAUCACUAGUUACAUGUUACAUACAAAUAUGAUCUGUGUUACAUGUUAAUGUGUUUGUAUAAUGCAGACUUUAAAUUUGUUUUUUUUCCCACUUGCACGACAGAUUAGCAGAGCCACAGAAAGACCACGCAAACCUUUCUCUUGGGGGAUGUUUUUAUUUGUCAGGUAACACAGGUAAUUAAGUCAAUAAUGGCUGAAUUCCAUUCCAUUAAAGUGUAUUAGUCCUAGAGCAGUCGUAUUCAGCAUCCUGCAUCCCUGUUGAGGCUUACAGGUACAGCUAAAUGCAACCAAGAUCAUUGUUAUAAUGUGUUUUGAGCCACGUUAGCAGUGUGACUCUGGAAAUGACUAUUGUCUAUCUUUGGUCUCAUGUCUCAACAACUAUUGGAUGGAUUACCAUGAAAUUUGGUCCCCUCAGGAGGAAUCUCAGUGAUUUUGGUGAUCCUCUGACUUUUCAUCUAGCGCCACCACCAGGUCAAACUUUCAAUUUGUCCAGUAGUAAUGACAUUCUACUCGACCGUACUUUGUAUUUAGUGCUCAUUAGCAAUUGUUAGCAUGCUAACAUGUUAAACCAAGAUGAUGAACAUGGUAAACAUUAUAUUUGGUAAACACCUGCAUGUUAGCAUUGUCACAGUGAGCUUGUUUGCAUGCUGGUUUUAGCAUUUAGCUGAAAGUACCGCUGAGCCUUCUGCUGCCUUCAUGUCAUAUUGGAGUUAUAGUAGUUACCAUAGGUGUCAUGUACACUGGUGUGCUGCCCUUGCAAUGUGAUCUCUUGUGCAAAGCUAGACAGCCAGUUAACAUUCAAAAGUCCUCCAAUAAACACACAAGGCUUGACUUUUCUUGUAUUUUACUCAAGUUGUUUCCUCUUUUGUUUUGUUUUGUUUUGUAAAACUGAAACAUUACAGAAUAUAAAUCAGUACCCAAAACAUGAACAUAUGCAUACAGAGGUUACAUAUAAUACACAUAACUGUGUUACUACAAAAUUCCUAUCAAAGUGUAAAACAAGCACUGUAGCCUACUGUAUACAACAAGCAAUGUAGCCUACUGUAUGAAAACACAGUUCACCUACCACAACUUCUACAAGUCACAAAACAAUUAAAGAGCAGAGCUAGCUACUGCUGUGCUGCUAGCUAACAGAGCACAUGUUUUACCAAAACAUAAAAACGUUCCUUACAAAUGCAAGUGAUUGAAAAUGAUUUACACAUUAGUUACAUGCACAUAGUCUCCAAGGCAGAAGGGUAUCAGAAUUACAUUCAGCAACAUGAAUCCAGCACUGUCUUUCUUGCCUGUCUGAGGAGUGUGCUUCACUGAAUUAUUAACUCUGACCAGUAGAGGGCAGCACCCAGCAUGAACCCGUGUAAUUUUACUUUUUAAGCUCUUUUUUUAACUUAUUCAACUAUUAACUUAACUGUAAAGACUGGGGACACUGCGGACAUGUCCCCAUCACUUAAAAGCAACAAUAAAUUAUAACAAAUGAAAAUUCUUUGAAAAGGUUUAUUUUCACAAUAAGAAAACAUUGCAAUGCAAUGUAAAUACAGAAGAAACAAAUGUGCAUUGUCCAAAAACAGUAACUUAAGCUAAAAAAACAACCUACUGAUUAGGCCUACUGAAUUAUGAUCCAUUAUAUUUUUAGAUUUUGAAUUGUCACCUGCCAACUGAAUAUUUUGUAUUUUAUAAAUAAGGACAUUUUCAGCAUAAACUGGUGCAGAAAAUGUCACUAGAAUGCAGGAAUGUGAUUAAUGCUCAAAAUCUUCUGGGGGAGGACUCUCACUCAUAUAUUUCAGCAUUGAAUAUUUCUUCAAAGUAGUGUUAAGAUAACUUCUCGACUUGUGUUCGUGACCCCAAUUUUGUGCACUUUGUGAAGUAAGUGUAUUGUCGCCCUUGGUAGUUACAAGUUUACAACUUGUAAAUAG